AUGUACGGGUCUAUUGCUGAGGACGAGGAGUCUAGGUUGGCGCGUAGAUCAAAAAAAGUGUCGUUCGGCAACAUGGGCGAACGACUCACGAUGCAGCCGGACGCAAGACCAUGGUGGAGCCUGGUUGGAGCAGGAGCGCUUGUUCUCGGUGCUGCCGUGGUCGCUUUCGCGUUCGACAAGAUACAAGUCCACACUGCGGCAUCACCAAGAACUUCGGGUGCUAGGUUGGGGUACGUCGUGACCCCUUCGGAGAAGACUCAAGCGACGAUCCAGCAGACCCCGCACGCCUUGCCGAAUGGAAAUUCGCCGACAACAAAACCAAAAGUAGAGGCCGCAGCAGGUGUGGGAGAGGUAGCCCCGCUCUCCUUCCAGGCACUUAACUUCUACCAUAUCCGGGACGGCAAACCGGCGCAGGACUACCCCUGGCUUAAGGGCGUCAAGCUCAUCGAACCCCACCGAGAGACAACUCUCUCGGUGUCAUCGCCGCGCGACGGCCACGACUACAUCUGGGAGGUUCGCGCCGGUGAAACGGACGAGGCCAACCUGGUGGCAACGGCAAGAGGGGCUGAGGCCGUUGUAACCCUGACGACUCUUGACGACAACGUGAUAACUGUGAAGGAGGUACACCCCGACGGGCACAUCGUGCGGCGGUUGGACGAGGUGGUCAUGGUCAAGUACGUUCGAAGGGAGAUCAGGACUCUCACGGAUGAGGAGCGAGAGGAGCUAUUGGAUGCGAUGCACCAGCUUUGGGUGGUGCGAGUGAGCGGAGGCAACGGGAUCGAGCAGGACGGGGACGGUUAUGCGGAUAUGUCCUUCAUCAGCCGCCUGCACUUCAAGGCAGCACAGAACGGCAGCUGCGACCACGUGCUCGCUGAGGAGCAAGGUAGCCUGCUAUGUGCGAGAGGUGGAACACUGCUGAGUGCUGUCACCCAACUUGGUGACCCCCAGAACGAUGAGUUCCAUGAGGGUCUCGGGUUCUUGACCAGCCACUCGAUGCUGACGAAUACCUUUGAGUACAGCUUGCAGCAAGUGAAUCCCAAGCUGACUGUGCCGUACUGGGACUUCACCAUUGAGUACGUUGAGGCGGAAACCGAUGGCGAUGAUGAAAUCAAGAUCAACUCGCCACUUUUCCAAGAGUCUUGGUUCGGCACGGCGGAUCCCGUUGACAACGUGGCUCAUUUCAAGGCCGAGUGGGGUAACAGCCAAGAUGCGCGGCGGCUCUUGACCCUGACGCACACCCCUUCUCUGGCGGGUUCGUGUAUUCUUCAGGUGAAGGAUGGUCGUUGGGCAAACACCGCGAUCCCGCGUACCGACCCCGGCACGGAUGGAGAUUUGAUUCCGGACGUGUACGGCCUCCUCCGCUCGCGCUGGGUCGUCAACUCGUCACCGCCCACCGUACACAGCCAUCUCAGCAAACCAACCGAGCCAAUUACCGUGAAAAACGACAGAUAUCUGACACGGGGACUGGGCAAGUUGUGCGGCGGGUCCACUGUCGAAAGGUACGGUUGGCCAUCAUGCGAGGACCACCACAACUUGGUAAUGGACUACGACGACUUCUACUCGUGGGUGUCCGAGAGCAUGAACUCCCCUCACGGGCCAGUGCACACCUGGAUCGCGGGCGUGCUGAACUGUGAGGACACCAUCAGCUCCCUCAGUAGCCUUGUUGGGGAGAACAAUGCCAAUUCACUGCUGAACACCUUCAAACAGCGGAAACUCCUCUGGAGCUACGGCAUGUUCGGGUGCGAGGGUUUCGCGGCCGAAGGCAUCCCAACGGACGAGCUCCUCUCGUCAGGUAAAUGCGGGUGCCUGGGCUACAACCUCAGCCAGGGAGACGAUUGGAAGACCAUCUACGCCAACCCCACCUCGAAUCUCGACGACUUCAUCGGCGACUACGACGACGAAACCAAGCGCCAGGUGGUCGCGGCCGUGUGUGCCUCCACCAUUUACUACGGCGACCACUUGCAUGUGAGCGUGCGUGCUCUGUUCGGGCACGAAGCGGGCUCCUCGCUGGACCCCACCUUCUGGCCAAUGCACCCUACAAUCGAACGCCUGUUCGUGUUCUCGGCGCUGACGGGACAACUCACCAACUUCCACUGGCCUGACUCUGAGCUUUCCUACACGGACACUAACGGCGAUACCGUCGUCGAGACGACCAGCAAUUAUGGCGACAAGUGUUAUGGCCACGGCGGAAGCGACGUGUUCCCCUUUGGCCUUCUCGACAAUGACGACGAUGCCUUGAAGAUCAAGACCGGGAUGCAGGGAAACGGAGAGACUGGCAACACACUCACGAAUCGGGAGGCCUUAGCAAACAUGGACGGCCGAUUCAACAAUCUGCCAUACGUGUACGAUAACUUCAAGUGGGAGCACUGCCUGGAUUCGGGCAUCGACUUCGACGACGCCUGGGACGCUUCGACGACGUGA